AUGAACAAGGUACUUGCUCUUUACCUUGAUCAGUUUGUCGUUGUUUACCUUGAUGAUAUUGUUGUGUAUAGCAACACUUUGAAAGAGCACGUAGAGCAUCUAAGGCUAGUGUUCAAAGCUUUGCGGGAUAACGAGCUCUACGUCAAAAAUGAGAAAUGCUCUUUUGCCCAACGAGAGGUGGCAUUCCUUGGGCAUAUCGUUGGCGAUGGAAAGCUACGGAUGGAUGGUUCAAAGGUGAAGGUCAUCCAAGAUUGGGAGCCGCCAACCAAGGUGACCGAGUUGAGAUCUUUCCUUGGUUUGGUGAACUAUUAUCGGAGGUUCAUCAAGGGCUAUUCUUCCAUUGCCACUCCUUUGACGGAUCUAUUAAAGAAGGGUCGUGCUUGGGAUUGGUCUACGAAGCGCCAACAAGCCUUUGAAGGGCUAAAGAAGGCCAUCAUGGAGGAGUCGGUCUUAGCACUUCCCGACCAACUAAGGCAUUCGAAAUCCACACAGAUGCUUCCGACUUUGCUAUUGGUGGAGUACUUAUGCAAGAGGGGCAUCCAAUAG